AUGAUCGGCGACGUCGAGAUCAAGCUCUUGGAGGAGAAGCCCGUCCACGAGGGCGCGAUCCAGCACCUCCCGCUGCCGUCCUCGGACGUCAAUGUCUACGUGCAGCCGCCGCCCUGCCUCGUCUUUUACUCGUUUGAGGAAAUGACAUCGUCGCUCGCCACGUACUUUGAGUCGACGCACCAAGAGUUCUCGACGCGCAACUCGGUCUCGAUCGAGCGCAUCAACGGCACGCGCAAGCUCAAGGAGAAGUUUCCCGAGAACGACCCGCGCUUCGUCUACUCGUCGAUCACGUACUUUUGCAAGCACGGCCGCGCGCAGAAGCGCCGCAACAACCCGGCACUCGAGGAGACGGGCAAAGGCCGCAAGGUCAAGUUCAACUACUCGGGCUGCCAAGCGUCGCUCUGGGUGAGCCUCGUCCAGAUGCUCGUGCGCGGCCGGCCGCAAUGGGUCUACUAUGCGCACAAGAUGGUCAACUGCCACAACCACACGCUCGAGCAAGAGUCGCUCCAGGACAUUGCCUCGGUCAAGCCGUUUUACCGCCACUUGCGCGCAGUCAUUGAAGCCAAAGAAGACGGCGCGACGACCCAGGAGAUCGCCAAGCUGCUCGAGCUCAAGGAGCCUGGCAAAAAAGUGACGGCCCAAGUCGUUCGAAAUCUCAUGCGCAGCACCAUGUACGCCAAGGAGAAGGAGCGCAGCGGCCGCACCGUGCCGUCCAUGGGCCAGGUCCAGGCGUGGAACCCCUUGGCGCAGCGCAAAGUCCCGGUCGUGCUUUCGCUGCCCUUUCACCGCCUCUUUUACACCAUGGUCAAGUACAGCACCGAGCUGCGCCUCGACCCGUCGCGCGUCUUCUUCUUGAACCAGUCGUCGAUCUCGUCGGUGCUGUGCCGGCAAUGGAAGAACGUGGCGACCGAUACGUCGACGCAGGUCCAGACAACGCUGCACACGACGAUCCUCACGGUGGUCGACGCUGCGGGCACGGGCCUUCCGCCGUUCUGCAUCCUGCCGCGCACCGAGACGGAGCGCCCGGUCAUGGCGCAGCGGUCGGUCUCGACGGUGAACGGCGCCAUGACCCCCAGCGCGCUCGAGCUCUGGAUGAUGUACUUUGACACCGCGAUCCAUUGGAACGUCCAGCGGCCCGUCGUGCUCAUUGUCGACCAAGUCGCGCGGUCGCACGCGCUGACCCAGAUCUGCUUUCGCCUCGGCAUCAUCCUCGUUGCGUGGCGGGAGCUCUACCUCGAAAACGAGAGCGACGUGGUUUUGCCCGUGCGCCUCUCGGUGUUUCGGCCGUUUGAAGUUGCCCUCGCCGCCCACCUCUCGGAAGUCCUUCCGAACCUCUCGACGUCGCGCGUCAUGUCGAGUGACAUUUUGGACAUUGCCACUGACGUGUACAAGCAGAGCCUCGCCACCGUCGGCACAGACGUGGCCGUUGCCGCCAUCAAGACCACGGGUCUGUACCCGCCGUCCUUGCCGCUUCUGAGCGCACCGCAGACGGCGCCGGCGACCAACAAGUCUGUGCUCUACGUCGAAGAGAAGCGAACCGCGUCCAUCACGAUUCAGUCGGGCUCGAGCCGGCCGCGCGCAUAA